CCUGUUCCCUCUUAGUACCUGUACAUCGACGAGGCAGCUGUUUCGAGUCGUGUCGUCCUCUUUUAAAAGCUGAUUAAAGUUGCCGGUUUCUAUCGGCAAAGCGUCAAACUGGACACUGUGAUAUCUCGGCUGGCCCUGGCCUGAUAGUCCUUCGACGCUAGACGCAUCCAUAUUUACAAAAUGUCUCAAGGGACUUCAGUGCAGCGACUCGACAAGAUGAGACAACUCACUCUGACGGUGUGUCUGCUGGCUUCCCUGGUUAUGACCUCGGCUCAGAUAACUCCAGUGAACAACACUGCCUUCUACCCGUACGGACCCGGUACUGCAGACAAUGAGGGCGCUUCAGGACAGCAGAGCCUCAGCGUCUCAUUCCCAUUCUUUGGGAACAGCUAUAAUUCACUUUACGUGAAUACCAACGGCGCCAUCUCCUUUGGAUACGCGGUAACAGGCUUCACGUCAGCUGCGUUUCCAGUGACCGACAACAAAGUCAUCGCCGCUUUCUUCACUGACAUCCAGACAGACCAUACUGGUCAAAUCUACCAUCGGGAAACUGUCGAUGCUGAUGUGUUGGCCAGAGCAACCAUGGAUGUCAGGACAGCCUUUCCCGCCGAUAAUGGAAGCUUCGUGGCGACCUGGACCUACAUCGCAACCUGGCAUGAAGUUGGGAUGAAGGGGGCGACGGGAGAUGGUCUCAAUCUUGUAAGUACAAUAAAGUGCAGCAUUAAAGUUAAAGUUAGUUAAACCCUUCCCUCGCCAAGGGCAGUGCCCAUUUCUGGCGCAUAGG